AUGGAGGAAGGUCAAAGUAGUUCAAAUUCCAUACCUCAUUUUCUCUCGAAGACUUAUGAGAUGGUUAGUGAUCCUUCAACUGAUGCCAUUGUUUCAUGGAGUUCUACCAAUAAAAGUUUCAUUGUUUGGAAUCAACCUGAUUUUUCGAAGGAUUUGUUGCCCAAAUUCUUUAAGCAUAAUAACUUCUCAAGCUUCAUCAGACAACUUAACACCUAUGGCUUUAGAAAAGUUGAUCAAGAACAAUGGGAAUUUGCAAACGAAAACUUCGUAAGAGAUCAACCACAUCUUAUGAAUAAUAUCCACAGGCGCAAACCAGUUCAUAGCCAUUCUCUAAGUAAUGCUCGUGACCAACGGGCGGCGGCCGUUGGUGCUAGUUCUGCUCCAUUAACAGAAUUAGAACGACAUAAUUUGGAAGUUGAGAUAGAAAAACUUAAACAACACAAAGAACGACUACUUAUGGAAUUUCAUAUGCAAGAAGAGGGGUGGGAACAUAAUAAGAUGCAAUUAUAUUACUCAAAUGAUAGUUUGCAAAAGUUGGAACUGAAUCAACAAAGUAUGCUUUCUUCGGUUUGUCAAGUGCUGCAAAAAUCCAAGGAAGAGGUAGGUUUCCUUCCGGUAACGGUAAACACAGGGAAAAAACGAAGUUAUCUGAGAAAUAGUCCCUUUAAUAAUUUACCUAGCAUUGAAAUUCCUUUGAAAAAUUCUGAAAUGUCACAUAGAGAAAAUGCCGAGAGUAUGUAUGUUCUCUCUAUAAACAUGGAACGAUUGGAUCUACUCGACUCAUCAUUGACGUUUUGGGAGAAUAUUGUAAAUGAUGUUAGUAACACAUAUUUUCAAACUCAUUCGAACUUAAACUUUGAUGAUUUUAUGAAUUAUGGACAUUGUCCAAUGAUGUCUAAUGUUCAACAAGAAUCUGGAGUUCAUCUCGAGUCACAAGGAAACAUCUUGAACUCUCUACAAGAUUUAGCCAUUAUUCUUGAUCUCGAUCCUAAUGGAGAUGAUCCAGGUGAUAUAUUUGUUCACAAUCCUAUUGCACCAGAGCCAGGUGUUAUCGCCGUUUCUGAUUCUGUUGCACUUGAGCCAACUAUUAUUGAUGUUCCUAACUCCGUUGCCCCGAAAGAACAACUUGUCGAUCCUAUUGGACAUGAGCCAAGUGAUAUCUUUGUUCAUGAUCCUAUUGCACCAGAGCCAGGUGUUAUCAUCGUUUCUGAUUCUGUUGCACCUAAGCCAACUGUUAUUGAUGUUCCUAACUCCGUUGAACCGAAAGAACAACUUGUCGAAAUAGCACCGGUUACUACUGAAUAUAAUUCACCAUUUUGGAAAAAAUACUUGGUGGAAAAUCCUGAUUUAGAUGAAUCAGAAAAUCUAAGUGAAAUUAGCAAAUAUUGUUGGAGUCGUAAGAAUUAAAAGCACUCUUAAAUUGAUUAAGCAUAGAAAAUUUAGUGAAAAACACCCUCAAAUCCUUAUAUAGGUGUGUGACAAGAUGAAUUUGAUUUAAAUUUUGUUUGGGGUGCAUGAAUUUCUCCCUAAUCUUUUUAUUGUUGUCCCUCUUAAUAAUAUCCUCCUGGAAUAAUUUGCAUGUUGUAGAUGUUGUUGGA